AUGGCCCUGGCAGUCGUUGGCGCAGUCAUCGCCGGAGCCACGAGCACAACCACCAGAGCCACUGCUCUGGCCGCGGUCACCGCCGGGGAGCGCAAACGUCGAGGCGCUCUCCUCAGCGGCGUGCUGCGCCUGGGAUUCCUCGGCCAGGAUGACCCGAGAGAGGACGGUGUCGAAGGGCAGCUCCUGGUCGCCGAGAACGACCCUGAUGGUGUCGAGGCUCUUGUCGAGGCCGUGAAGGAACUGAGUGCGAAGAUCCACCUCGGUGACGGCGUGCUCAAUGUCGGCGAGGCCGUCGGUGAGGAGUUUCAUGCGCCGCGCGUACUCGGCCACGGAAAGAUCACUCUGCUUGAGGUUGCGAUACUGCCGGUUGAGGACCAUGAACCGGGCAGCACGGUUGGCGAGGAAGAAAUCCUUGAUCUUGUGCCAAAGGGCGAAGGUGCUGGUGGCGCCGACGACGUGAUCCACCAUAGAGUCGGCGAGCGUGGCGGAGAUCCAGAGAACGACAUGGGCAUCGAGCUCAAGAUGGAGAGGCGGGGAGCAGAGGGCGGCGGUGCCGUAGGGGCAAAGGAGAAGAGAGGCGCAAACUGCGAUCCGGCAGAGGCGAAGCCGCUGCUGAAGAGAGAGGGUGUUGUAUCGAAGACGAACGACGGAGAGGAAGUAGAGGAGGAGGCCGAGGCGGUGGUGGCGGCGGGCGCCGUGGAGAAAAGAGAGCCCGGCGAGGUGAACCGGGUGCAGAGGACGCUGGUGGAGGCAUGGGGUUUGAUCCGUGAGACCUUCGUCGAUCCCACCUUCAACCACCAAGACUGGGACCAGAAACUUCAGCAGACGAUGGUGGAGAUGUUCCCGCUGAAAUCGGCAGACGCCGCCUACGGCAAGAUCAGCGGGAUGGUGUCCACGCUAGGCGACCCCUUCACAAGGAUCAUCACCCCCAAGGUAUGUAUGGACAAAGAUCAUGCCCUCUCUGUCUGGCUUCAGGAAUAUCAGAGUUUCAGGAUCGGAAGUGAUGGGAAUUUGCAAGGGGUUGGCAUAUUCAUAAACAGGGACCCUGCCUCAGGACGCUUGCUUGUUAUGAACUGCAUUGAGGGAGGCCCAGCGGACCGAGCAGGCAUACGUGAAGGCGAUGAGCUAGUUGAGAUCAACGGGAAUAGUGUUUUGGGGUUGGACGUGGAAGCUGUGGCUCAGAGACUUAGAGGUCGUGCUGGAACGACUGUGGAAGUAAAACUAUUGGAUAUUCUCAGUUACACACUCUUGUCAUCUUCUAUCCUAACUUUCUCCAUCUUCCUGUAUUUUCUAACUGAUACCCAGGGUACUGGAAAUGAAAGGAGUGGUAGGAUAAAGGCAAAAGAGGUCCAGCUAUCUCGUGAGGUUAUCAAUCUUUCACCUCUAUCAACGGCAAUUAUCUCCCAUAGAUCGGGUGAUGGGCAUGAGGGCAAGACUGGGUAUGUUAGGUUAGCUGCAUUUUCUCAGGGUGGUUUAGUAACAGCUGGUCUUGAUGUGGCUCAAAUUUGGUUAGAUGGAGAUGAAACUCUAGUGAACACCGUUGACCGUGAGGGCAAUGUGCAAGCAAUAAAUAUGGUCCAAGGCCAAUCUUUAACACAUGAUCCUCUUGUGGUGCUUGUCAACGAAGAAAGUGCCAGUGCAAGCGAAAUUUUGGCUGGGGCAUUGCAUGACAAUGGCCGUGCUAUUCUGAGUGUGACAGAGCUGGACGAUGGCUCUGCUCUAUUCAUCACGGUUGCAAAGUAUCUCUCUCCGGCGCUGCACGAAAUCGACCAUGUCGGGAUCCAACCCGACAUACAAUGCACCGCUGACGCGCUAUCCUUACCGAGGGCGCCUUCGCUCACCGGGAACAACGAGGCCGCGAGUUUAGAGAUGGACUCGUGCAUUAUGGUGGCGGAGCAAGCGCUGGAGAUUCAGCAAUCGAAGGGCUCCGCUUCGUAG